AUUCCCCUCCUCUCUCUUAAUUUUUUCGGAUCCCUUCAAUAUUAUUUUUCUCGAUUUUUCCAGCUCCAGAAAUGAAGCAGAGCGAAGAGGGGUGGCAAGAUUUCUUGUAAAACGAGCAAAAAAUUUGUUUUUUCUUUUUUUUGUGGAAUCCCGCAGUUGAUUCUUGACGGCUAAGAGAUCAAGAAUUAUGGGAUUUCCGGAAUUUGCUUUUGGACCUCAUCAAGAUCUAGUUUUUUGUGUAUAAUUUCUUCUACACUCUUCUUACAAAGGAGGGAUUGAUUGGCUCCGAGGGCUCCCAUCACAAUUAACUACCUUAAUUGAGCAACUCUAAGUGGCCUCAAAGUGCAACCUUUUAACUUUCGGUCGUUGUGGUUGCUUGAUGCAUUGGUGGUUGAUCAUUUUUCUCCAGAGCCCUAAUAUUUUUUCAUUUAUAUUACUGGAUGGACUUGACACCAUUAAGAUGUCUUAUUAACAGUAUUUCUCGAUUCAUUCAUCUGGUUACAUGCCGCGUAUCCAGUACGAUGCCAGCUGAGAAGGAUUAUCAGAAUUUGGUUUCUAUGUUGAAGCAUUUGAAACCGGUACUUGAUGAUGUUUCCGAUCACAAAGCACCAAUGGAUGAAGCAUUGUUUAAAGAAUCUGAAGAGUUGGAUAUAGCUGUGAAUGAGGCCAGAGAGUUCCUUGAGAAAUGGUCCCCAAGAACGAGCAAGUUACUGUGUGUACUGCAAAGUAAGCCAUUGCUCUUGAGCAUCCAGAUUGCCUCAGUCAAGUUAUCUUGCAUUCUUUGCAAAAUAUUUGAAUCAUUAUCAACUUCUUCGACCCUAGCACAUGUGCAGCUUUCUGUGCAAGAGUGUCAGAAUCUGAAACUAGGGAAACUAGCUGAAGAGAUCGAAGAGAUUCUGAAAAGCCAAAAAGACGGAAAAGUUCCUGGUGUUCAGCAGCUUAUAAACAUCAUUGAGACCUUCAACCUGACAUCUAGUGAUGAAAUUUUGAAUGAGUAUAUUGCACUUGAGAAGGAGAAACAAAAAGCAGAAGGCAGCGACAUAAAAGGGGAUUUAGAUCACAUUUCCAAUAUUGUUGAUCUUUUGUCUCACAUUCGUGAUUAUGUUGUUAAUCUCGAGAAAUUUAAAGCCAUAGGUGGCAUUCAGAUUCCUUCACAUUUCCUCUGCCCAUUGUCUUUGGAACUUAUGUUAGAUCCCGUUAUUGUUGCUUCGGGCCAAACUUAUGAGCGUGCUGCUAUUCAGAAAUGGUUGGAUAACAGACUUGGGAUAUGCCCCAAAACCGGUUACAAGCUCUCCCAUAAGAAUCUUAUCCCCAAUAACACCGUUAAAGCUCUCAUAACCAAUUGGUGCAAUGAAAACAAUCUAGAACUUGGUAGCAAGUGUGAAAAAUCUGAAAUAGAAAGAGUUCGUCCCCCUUCUGAGCAUGCUGGUCAUGAAGAUGAUAGCCAAUGUCCUCCGCAGAGUGGUAAUUCCGCAUCUGGAUCCUCGUUUGGACACAGUUUGGAGACUCAGAAUCGCGGUUCCAGAGGGGUGAACGAGAAACUCGAUGAGUCUUCUCCUGAGCAUUCAUAUGUACAUAGCCGGAGUGAGUCAGAGUCCAGUGCUGUGUCCAGCAUAGAUUCUGUUGCAACAGCAGAAACUGAAAAUGCAAGUAAAUCAAGUAAGCAGGAAAAUGCGAUUGAUAAGUUAGAUGAUACAAAGUCUGCUUGUUCCACUUCCCUUGUUAAAAAAGCUAGUGGGGCUUCUCAUUCUUCACAUGGAAGGCAGCACAGUGCCAAAACAAUGGGUGAAAUGGUUGUCAAUGGAAAACACACUCCAUCUAGAGCUGUGUCUCUUCAAUCUGACUCCGGGUAUGAUGUAUUGACUUCUACUUCCCAUGUGGAAAAACUCGUCAACAACCUGAAGAGUGUUUCAAAUGAACUACAAACUGGAGCCGCCAGAGAAUUACGGCUUCUUGUGAGGUCUAAUAUGGAAAACCGCAUCAUUAUUGGUGAAUGUGGGGCUAUUGCCCCGUUGAUUGGACUUUUACACUCAGAUGUCAAGGAAACACAGGAACACGCUGUCACUGCUCUUUUGAAUUUAUCUAUAAACGAAAACAUCAAGGCCAGGAUUGCGGAAGAAGGUGCUCUAGAACCACUAAUUCAUGUUCUUAAAACUGGAAAUGCAGGAGCCAAAGAGAAUGCUGCUGCUGCUCUUUUUAGUAUCUCACGUUUAGAUGAGUACAGGAUAAAGAUUGGUCGAUCUGGGGCAAUCAAACCCUUGGUUGAUCUUUUAAGAACAGGUACUAUCAGAGGAAAGAAAGACGCUGCAACCGCGUUAUUUAACCUAUCUAUCUUUCAUGAGAAUAAGGCUCGUAUAGUACAAGCUGGAGCAGUGAAGCCUUUGGUGACAUUGUUGGAUCCCGAAUCAGAGAUGAUUGAUAAAGCUGUGGCUCUUCUUUCAAAUUUGUCGACCAUUGCAGAGGGAUGCUCAGCAAUUGCUCGAGAAGAGGGCAUUCCAUUACUUGUUGAGAUAGUCGAUACAGGGUCACAAAGAGGAAAGGAAAAUGCAGCUUCAAUACUAUUGCAGCUGUGCAUCAACAGUCCUAAAUACUGUCGAAGUAUUUUGCAAGAAGGAGCUGUUCCACCUCUUGUGGCAUUAUCUCAGUCCGAGAUUUGA